AUGUCUGAGGCAGAUAAGAGGUGUAAAAAUUUCGGUGCAACUUUAGCGAUUGAACGCUUUGAUGAAGAUUACACCUUCAUUAUUAGAGAACCUAACGACCUUAAAAACGAAGAUUGCAUAGAACUUCGCUUAAAGGACGGAAUAUUUUGGUUGAACGACAUCCCUUGUAAUAUUCUCAAUGGUUAUGUUUAUUGCAGCCCUGGUCCUGCUGACAUUGUCUUUGUUGUGGACACUUCUUCUAUCUUUGAAAACAAAACAACCAUGUGCUCAGAGUAUUUGGGUAGAGUUUUAGAUGGAUUGCCCCUAGGCAAUGAAGCCUUUCAAGUAGCAGUUAUUUCAUACGUCUUUGAGCCAAAGGAACUUAUAACACUUGGCAAAUAUCAAAAUGCUAAAAAGAUUAAAGAAGUUUCUACGGGAAAUCACUUUGAGGCACAGGGUUCCACAUACACAGGGAACGCUCUGAGGAAAUGUUUUGAAAUACUUGAUGAACAAGCAAAACAGAAAGCUCAUAAGAUCAUCAUUAUCAUAUCAGAUGGCCUGUCAACAGAUAGAUACGAAGCCAUUAACGAGGCAAAAAACUUCACGGUGUGGCCAUAUCACGUAAUAAUUGCAGUUGGAAUAGGUGAACAGAUUGACCAUUCGGAACUUUUCCAAUUAGCUUCAAAAGAUCAGAAGGACAUCUAUGGUCCUUUAGUAUUCUCCUCGUCUAAUGAUGACGCACUGAAUAUGAUUUUGAGAAAGGCUAUGCACGAAGAUUGUACAAGAAUGUGGUUUUCCAUCCCUGCAAUACUAUGCCAUUGGGAGACUCGUCCAGACAACGGAUUUGCUUAUUUAUUUGAAGAUGGGAAAGUAACCUGGUCUGAGGCAGAUGAACGGUGUAAAAAUUUCGGUGGAACAUUAGCGAUUCCUCGUUUUAAUGAGGAUCAGAACUUCAUCGUUAAUACCCUUCACACGCUGAAUAAAUCCGGAUAUUUUUACAUAGGAGGUAGGAAAUCCGACGGCGGGAUGUGGACUUGGAUAGAUGGGACCUUUAUCAAUAAAUCAGAUCCACGUUGGGGUGCGGACAAUGCGUGUCUCUCCUCGCCUUGUAUAAAUAAUGGAAAGUGCACACCCAUGGGACGGGUUUAUGAUUGUGAAUGUGAACUGACUCUCAGCAAUAAACACAGCUGUAAUAUAGAUUGCAGCCCUGGUCCUGCUGAUAUUGUUUUUGUUGUGGACACUUCCUCUAGCUUAGAAAAUAAAACAAACAAGAGCUUGGAGCAUAUGGGUAGAAUUUUAGAUCGACUUCCUCUAGGCAAAGAAGGAUUUCAAGUGGCAAUUAUUUCAUACGAUUUUGAACCAAAGGAACUUUUAACCCUUGGGCAAUAUCAAAAUGCAGAGGAGAUUAAAAAAGUUGCCACAGGAAUCCACUUUGAGACACAAGGUUCCACAUACACAGAAAAUGCUCUGAGGAAAAGCUUCGAAAUACUCACUGAUGAAAAUGCAAGACAGAAAGCUCACAAAUUCAUCGUACUCAUAUCAGAUGGGCUGUCAACCGAUAGAUAUGAAGCCAUUAAGGAAGCAGAACGUUUCCUGUCGUGGCCAUAUCACGUGAUAACCACAAUAGGAAUAGGAGAACAAAUUGACCAUUUCGAGCUUGUUCAAUUAGCCUCAAAAGACCAGAAUGAUAUCUAUGGACCACUAGUAUUCUCUUCGUCUAACGAUGACGCGAUAAAUAUGAUUCUGAGACAGGCUAUGCACAAAAAUUGUACAGAUUGCAGAGUCUCAAGCAAUACAGACGUUAUAAUAAUACAGGACAAUAAUUUUUCUGGAGUUGUCUUCCAGUACUCACUGAGUGUUGCAUCAGAAAUAGCUCACAAAUAUUUUCUUACAAAAAAGGAUAUAAGAGUUGGACGAAUAUCUUUUGAUGUGAACGACUUUGCCUAUUACAGUCAUGACGACCAGUUUUUGGUAAACUUGCAGAAACUUAGUCCUGGAGAAAAUUCAGAAUCUAAUAUAGAGAGUUUACUGUCGGAUGCAGCUGUUCAACUUUCCUCAUCUGGUCUCUCAUCUGGUCUCAAAAGGAACAAGGUUAUCGUUAUCAUUACAGAUGGUCGUUGGUCAAAUGUGAGUAGGGUUGAGGAGAAAAUGAAUGAUCUCAGGCAACAAAACAUCACAGUUAUGAUUGUGGCUGUAACGAAGGAUUCUAAUUUUACCACCUUAUACAGAGUGGUGCAAGACCCUUUCUAUGUUUUUUACAUCAAUGACAAGAACAGAUGGGAUAUCAUAGAUAUCAUUAUAUCCCAGAGCUUUAGGGUUAUUUGUGAGUGA